UCGUCGCCUGGCUCGCUUUUGCCAUCUGGCCAGUCGUACAGCCAACCCCUUCCCUUUUUUUUUCUUUCCUCCCCUGUUUCGGAAGGCAGCUCCUCCCACGCCAACGCCACGCCUUGUGCCAAAAGCCCUCUCUCGCCUCAACGACGCCUCUUCCUCUUCGGAAUCGCUUGGCCUCUCCAAACCCUAGCCCGGUGGCGGCGAUCGCGCGCCGCCGGGCGUCGUCCGUCGCGGGGAGUGAGCGGGGGCCGUCCGUUUCGGGCGGCUCGCGCAGGAGGCGCGCCGGCAGCCUGAUCACGCCGCUGGAGGAACGCCGAUCGCCCCUGCCUCGGUUUCCUCGCCUCCGGCGGCUCACUUAGGAAGGCUGGGUUUUCUAUCCGCUCCACCAUCGGCGGAAGCGUGGGAGAGGCGGCGCAGUGGUUCUGUUUUCUGGUCUUCGUCCCAUUCAGUGGUUCCUUGAGCAAGGAUGGAACUAUCCAAGACUUCCAUGGAAAAAAUAGAUGAUGCAAUUAAAUCAACGGCCGAUUUUGGUUUUUCAAAGGAAACUGUUCUACGAGUAUUGAAAAAACUGCUAAAAGUAUAUGAUGGAAACUGGGAGCAUAUAGAAGCUGAUAACUAUUCUGUUUUGGCUGAUGCUAUACUUAGUGAUUCAGAUCCCGAAGAAGGGCAGAAAAAGCGAGCUGAGAAGAAGAAUCUGGAUUCAGACCACCAUAGGAAGAAGCUUAAGACUAAAGAGCAUGGCCGGAAGGCAAAAUCUUGUACGCAUGGCAGUGUGAAGAGAGAGCUAGCUGAGGUGCCACGUCAGCAAGAAGCAGAAUCCUUAGAGGGGAGAACCAAUGCUAAUCAAUUGCUGGAGUCUUCACCAACUAUCAUUAGUAAGGAACAAAAAAUGAAAAUAAGUCGUGCAGAGACUACAAGAAUUGGUGAAAAUGGUUCGACUUUACUUGAAAGUCAAGAUCCUUGCACCUUUGAGACCCCACUUGCAGUUAUAUGUCCUGAAGUUUUAGAACCCAGCUGUCACAAUGGACAUCAAGAUGCUCACAUGAUUUCUGGUGUCAAGCACCCUACUGAUAAGAAGUUUAAAGGUAUUUUGGUUGCACAUGAAGGACAUAUGGUUGAUGCAUGUAGCAGCCAAGCGAUUGUAAGCAGCAAAGAUUUUUCCACCAACUUUCAGGUAGAAUUGUCCAACUAUGGAAAAGGGAAGCUAUCAUUCUUGUUCAACCCUUCCUUGGCAAAUGGUUCUGAUUUUCAAAUGCCUGGCAUUCAAUCAAUAUGCAAGGCCAUGGAGGCUAAAUGCCUCAGGACAUACAAGAUCCUAGAACCCAAUUUCUCUUUCAUGAAACUUUUGGAUGAUACUUGCCAGUGUAUUCUUGAUCUGGGUUCUGGACCCAACGGUGGUAGUGCUGAUUCUGGAGGUAACCAGAAUAAUCCUAGUAAUAUGAGGGUUAUUCAGCAUCUACCCACAGGCAUCAAGAGACAAUAUCAUGAUGUCAAUGAUAUAACGAGGGGUGAAGAGUGUUUGAGCAUUCCAAUAGUCAGUGGAGAGGAUGGGGUUCUUCCUCCUCCAUUUUACUAUAUAUCUCAAAAUAUCACCUUCCAAGAUGCCUAUAUCAACCUAUCACUUGCUAGAAUUGGAGAUGAAAAUUGUUGUUCUGGUUGUUUUGGAGAUUGUCUAGCAGAGCCACUUCCUUGUGCUUGUGCACGAGAAACUGGUGGAGAAUUUGCAUACACAAGAGAUGGCCUGCUUAAGGAAGGAUUUCUAGAUGCUUGUGUCUCAAUGCUCCGGGAACCACUUGAACAAUCUUACUUCUACUGCAAUGGUGUUUGUCCUAUUGAACAAAUGAAGGGAGUAAACAAACCUGAAGCUUGUAAAGGGCACCGUAUUAAGAAAUUUAUCAAGGAAUGCUGGAGAAAAUGUGGUUGCACAAGAAAUUGUGGAAACCGUGUGGUUCAGCGAGGCAUUACUCGCAAGCUGCAGGUGUUCUUAACUCCAGGGAAAAAGGGAUGGGGCUUGCGCUCUGCUGAAAAUCUUCCUCGUGGUGCUUUUGUCUGUGAGUAUGUUGGUGAAAUAUUAACAAACACUGAACUAUAUGAGCGAAACACUGAGCUAUCUGGGAAAAAUAACCAAAGGACUGGUAAAGUAAAGCAUACAUAUCCUGUGCUACUCGAUUCUGACUGGGGCACUGAAGGUGUUCUGAAGGAUGAGGAAGCCCUCUGUCUAGAUGGUACUUUUUAUGGGAAUGUGGCAAGGUUUAUAAACCACAGAUGCUUUGAUUGCAAUAUUAUUGCAAUUCCUGUUGAGAUUGAGACGCCUGACCACCACUACUAUCAUCUGGCAUUCUUCACAACGAGGGAAGUAAAGCCUUUUGAAGAACUGACAUGGGACUAUGAAAUUGAUUUUGAUGAUGUCAACCAUCCUAUCAAGGCAUUCAAAUGCCAUUGUGGAAGCGCAUUUUGUCGGGACAGAAGGCGCAUGUCAAGUGUCCGAAGGAGGAUCUAACUCUUGAGCUCUGGUGUUAUCCUGAGAAUAUUCAAGAGACUCAAGGCGGGGCAGAAUUUUGCUGGGUCCUAUUCUUUCAUCGUCAAGACAGAUGAUGCCUUGCUUACCUUUGAAUCUAGAGUUAAUCUAUUUGCUCGGGGCAUGGACAAAUGUUGUCGUCUAGGAUACUGAUUCUGGGGUGGUUCAAGAAACGUUGAUCUACCAGGAUUACUAGAAACACUUGUUCUUGAUUAUUUUUGUCAGCAAGAGAUGUAAGUGAUUCUGGAAUGUGACUGAGCACUGCGACGGAUCUGACUAGGUUAACUUAAGGGUUUUAUAAAUUGGUAAUCCCCUGGUCGUUUGGACCAUCUUAUUGCAA